CCAUUAUAUAAGUCAAUGUAAUAAGGUGAGCAAAAGUGCACACUGCCGCUUUUGACUUCGUGGGAGUUUCAGUGCCGCUCGCACCUCUGAUCUAAAGUAACGUCCAACCGGUGAUUACGUACAGCGGCUUCGCACCGAAUUCAAACAUGGUGACUCGAGCGUUGGCGUUGUUGCUCUUUAUUGCGCUAGUUUGUGCAUACGAGGACGCGCCAUUUGUCGUAACGCCAUUAGGUUCCGUCGUUGGCUACUACAAGACCUCGUACAAGGGCCGAAGGUACGAGGUCUACGAGGGAAUCCCCUACGCCGAGCCACCGGUGAACCAGUCACGCUUCGAGGAGGCGGUGCCGUUUUCCACCCCGUGGGGCCAAUUGGACGCGAGAAAAGCCAAAUCACCCUGCGCCCAAUACGUCGACGUGCCAGCCGAUGAAAACGGACAGACAGUCACGGAGGGCCGUGUCAACGGGGAAGACGAUUGUUUGUACUUGAACAUCAACGUGCCGGUCGUCGCUAGAUACAGACCGCGAGGAAUGCCCGUUGUGUUUUUCAUUCACGGGGGCUCGUUUCAAUACGGCAGUGGAUCGUCCUUUGCCGAAAACAACAUCUACAUGAUGGACAGGGACGUCGUUUUCGUCUCCAUAAACUAUCGGCUCGGAGUGCAAGGCUUCCUGAGCACGGAGGAUGAAGUCCUACCGGGAAACCUCGGCCUGAAGGACCAAAGCCUGGCCCUACAGUGGACCGCGGAUAACAUCGGCCACUUUGGCGGCGACCCCCGGAAAAUCACCCUCGUGGGCUUCAGCGCGGGUGGCUCCAGCGUCCAGUACCACUACCUGUCGCCCCGAAGCCGGGGUCUCUUCCACAGCGGCGUCGCCAUCAGCGGGGCCGUCUUCAACCCCUGGGGCUUCACCACCCACGCUGCCGAGAAGGCCCGCAAGCUCGGUGCCAUUUUCAACUGCCCCACCCACGACUCGCGCCCCAUGGUGGACUGCCUGAAGAAAGUACCGGCCCAAGAUUUGGCCGCUGCCACCAAACAUUUCCAAUACUGGCAGUACAUGCCCGAGGCCCCAUUCGCCCCGGUGGUGGAAACGUCCGGCCCUCGUCCCUUUAUCGACAAGUCGCCCGAGGACGUGGCUGAAGCGGGCGAGCUGUACGACGUGCCGAUUGUCUUCAGCAUCGUCAGCGAGGAGGGCUGCGACCCGGGAUCAGCCUACGCCCCGCACGACAAUCUGCUGAAACAGCUGAACGACAACUGGACGGAGAUAGCGCCCCACCUGCUGGAGUACAACUACACCCUGCCCGAGGAGGUGCACGAGAGGGUCGCGUUAGCCGCGAGGCGGAAGUACUUUGGCGACGGGGGUAUCGACAAUAAUAGCACGCGCAUAUUGAUUCGGUUGCUGACGGACGAGCAGUACUCGAUCGGCAUUGAGAAGAGCCUGCGCGUCCAGGCCGAGGAGUCGACGAGUCCCGUGUACUUUUACUACUACUCGUAUCGGGGCUCCUCGAGCCGCAGCGAGCACCUCAGCCACACGAAGAACAACUACGGUGUCUGUCACUGCGACGACGUGCUGAUGGUGGUCGACAACUCGCAGCCCGGUAACAAAACCAAGGAGGAACUGGCCAUGAUCGAUCUGCUGCUGGACGUGUGGGAGACUGUGGCCAAAGAUGGAGUACCGAAACUCGGGGUGGAAUGGCGGCCGGUUAACACGUCCAACCCGGAGAUCGAGUACAUGCACAUUCGUGGACCCAAGGACUACGGCAUGUCCGGGAGCGAUAACUUUGGCAACAAGUACUUUUGGAACGAGUUCUUUGAUCUCUUUUAGCCGUGCAAAUGUCAGAAAAUUGUACCCAUACGCAGAGGUAUGAGGAAUGAAGUGUCGAGAGAGUACAAUAAAAGCUUUUUUUUUUUAAAAA